AUGAUGAAGGAAAAGGAGAAACAAUCAUCAUCGUCGACGGCGACAAAGUCUACAAAGUCUAAAGAUGCUUCAUCAACAUCAUCAACGUUGAAACGAAAGAAGACUGAUGAUACAGUAUCAUCAACAACAACGACAACAGCAACAGUUGCCAACACUACUACUGCUACCUCUACCGCCAGCACGAACAAGAAACAAAAGAAUAGCACGACCUCUGUCAAUGCCACCCCAGCACUACCAAUCGACAAUGCACCGACCUGGGACGGCACAACAGCAAUCGAAUCACUCACUGUUGGGGAGUUGAUCGAAUCUCUAAAAGGCAAGCAAAUCAAUCUUAGAAUACAGGUGGCGGAAUACUUGUUGGAACAUAGGAUUGCAGGAUUGUCAGAGAAGAGUGGACAUCUGUUGAUGUGGGCAAUGGACGUUGUGUUGAAGACUUAUAGUAAUUAUAGGAGCAGAGCUUUGGAGGGCGUGUCAGACCCGCUCUGCUAUCAAGUGCGAUACUGGUCGUUAAUCAAGCGCAUCAUUGAGAAGAUCGAUGUUGCCUCCACCAACGUGCAACUGACGUCCGAGCACCUGGUCUCAUUCCUCGAGUUCAUAUUCAACGCCAUGUCCAACUUUGUCAAGUCGCCAGCGCCUCUGGCCGUGGCCACAGCGACAUCGACUUCGGCUUCGGCCUCGACAUCCAAUGCGAUGGAUACAAAUGGCGACGCGAACAGUGGCACCACAUCAUCAAGCAGCAGUAGCAACAACAAGAAGUUGAAGAAGUUCCAGGUGUCGUCUUCGCCACCCCCACCCCUGGCGCUGAUACCACUGGCGUCGGACAUCAUAAAGCACGCACUGCCGCUGUUCCUCGCCGUGGACAUCCUGCGUGAGAUGCCCCUGUUCUUUGAAGCCAUUCACCCGCUGCUCAUUCACGCGAUACGCAAGCACCAGCAAGACGAGCAGCUCAUUGUCAUCUUUGGCCUGGUGCGCCACCUUCUCGAAUAUCUCGUGCACCAAGUUCAGGUGCGCAGCAACUCCAGACAUCUUCAAACGAUCGUACUCAAUCUGUUGCCAUACCUGUUGACAUACCGCCACUCAAUCCAAUGUUUGUUGGCACGCGCCAAUACACAGACGGAACCAGCGGCAGCCACUGCGCACGGCCUGACCAUAGGCUGCAUCGACCAGCUUCUCCAAUGGGCGCUGUUCCAUCCAGACUCGCAUUGGGCAUCAUACACGACCAUCCUGUUCCAAGGCUGGAUCGCCGAGGUCGAACAGCCCAAGACACCAUCCAAGAAGUCAAAGGACAGCGGGUACUUGUCAUCCUCGCAGUCAACCACGCCCACAGCCACAUCACCAACAUCAUCAUCCUUGAACUCGUCAACAUCGGGAACAUCAACAAAGGGCAAGGAGUCCUCAGCAGACUCCAAUGCCGCAUCAAGUUUGUUCCAGGGCCAGGCCAUCCUGGAUCGAUUCCAACAGAUCAUCACAAACAAAGAGUCACUGUCGCCGGCCACGUAUGAUGAUGCCCCACUCGAGAAUGUUGUGUUGGGUUGCCUGCCACAGCUUCUCAGACUAUUCGCCGUGCAGCUGAGCCAGUACGGCAUUCGCCACAUCACCGACUUUGCCAAGUAUGACAACGACUCGACGCUGACCGAGCUCAAGAAGGUGCAGUUGCUAGAGUUUGCUUUCUUCCGCAAGCUGUUCCUCAUGUUCCUCAGCGGCGGCUACUCUCCCAAGUUCAACCAGGCACUGAUCAACAAACAUCCAUCGUCGUACUUUAGCGCAAUGUCUGCGCUACUCGCCACGCUCUCUGACAUGAACAUCUUCUACCAGGACAAUGACAAUCAGAUGCGCUUCCUCCAGCUCCAGCUCGAGGUGACCGUGCGCAUCGUCUCGCAGCCCAAGGCGCCAGUCGAGCAAAUGUCCGGCGCACUCCAACUCCUCGCCUCCUUUGCCAAGAUCAGCCAUGUCAUCGUCGAUCCACACCUCCACACAAUCUUCCACAGUCUGCUAUCUUCCCCGCAACAGGCACAGGGCACGACGUCGACUGUGCAGGCGCACUCAGACAACCUUCUCCACACACUCUUCGACACUUACCUGGCCAUUCGUCAAAGUGACAACCUCAUUGAUAAGCUGAACAAGACGAUCAUCAGUGGCAAGCUGAGGUCGAUGUGCAUUGACAAGUUGACAAACAGACGCGUAUUGGACAAGCUGGCCACGCACUUUGCCGCGCUGCCAUUUGGUCAGGUGCCACUGAUUUGGAACCAGUUCUUUGACGUGUGGCGCGACUACUUCUCACUUCAGAUCAAUGAAGGCGAUGAUAUUCGAGACCCACUACUUAUUGAGCGACUCACAUGCUUCGCCUCCAUCUGGUCCACAUUCCUGGACAACAUUCAAAUGACAACAUUCGUCACUCAGAAGUUGGAGAAGCAACUCGAUCAGACAUUCUCAUUGAUCGUUGACCCACUCCUAAACACCAUCGCCAAGGCCAAGGGCAAGUCAUCAUCCUCAUCCAAGUCAUCGUCCAAGUCGUCCAAGUCCAAGGACACCCCAUCCAAGUCGUCAUCAAAGUCCAAGGAUGUAGAGAUUGACACUGGCAUGGACUCUUCCAAUUACAGCCAGCUUCACUCGUUCGUGCACAGACUGUCGAUCGCCAAGGAUACUGAGGGCGCGAACAAGUACAACUACCAUCGUCAACAAUUCACAUAUUAUCAAAGAUACGAGACAGAGUUGGAGCCUUCCAAGAUAUUGGGCUAUCUCAUAACAUUGUUCGAUGGUGACAGCCAGACCUCUGGCAUCACAACCGACUUACAGACGACCAUACUCACACUGGCCAUCAGUAGAGUGCAACAGCUCAACUCAUUGUUGCAAUCGGUGCCCAAUCAUCAGGCUGAGAAGGUCACCGCUAAGAAGAUUAGUAGCGUGCAUUUGUCAUCACUGGAACAUCAUGCACCCAGUGACAUCACAAAGGAGAUGCAGUUCAUUGUAUACAAGGUGUUGGAGCGACUAAAGUCAAACACUGAGCUGGAACACAUGUGGAAGUUGGUGUUGGACAACAUCUGUAUCUGGUGCGACUAUGCCACACCCAAGCACAUCCAAUACGUCCUUACCAAGAUGAUCAGACAAGGAGGCGUCAACCCCAGCUCACAGACACAGGCUCAAUCACUCUUUACCAACGUCCUCACCAACUCCCAGUUCUACGAGAUCGAGUCGUUCAGAGAACAAUUCCCAACAAUGUUGGCCAAGGAGGUGCAGCGAGCAGUUGAACAUUUGAUCACUGGAUCAAAGACACAGAAGAAGAUGGCGACGUUGUUCAGUGCGAUUGGCGAGAACUUGAGUGGACAUGAUGAUUGCCAGAGUUUCUCAGAGAUUGUCCAACUGAUCACCUCGACGCUCAAGUCACUGGAGCUGAGUGCCAAGGACCUGCUGCAGGACCAAGACGUCUGGAACCACUUGGCCUGGCUCCUGGCCCUCAUACCCGCAAUGAACGCAAGCUACAUCCAGGUGGACUGUGUCGGCACACUCACACUGCUGCCCGUGAUCAUCGACAUUGUGAUCAGCGCCAUCGAGUUGGACGACGGCAACGACAAGGCAUUCACCGAGAUGGUGUACCGUGCGCUGCUGGCCAACAGGAAGCUGCUCAAGUACUGUCUUCAGAAGGACCAGUCGCGCCUCGUCCAGAUCAUCCCGCUCAGCAUUUGGAUCUCGAUCGUCUUCAACAACAGCAAGAGCACCGCGAGCUUUGAGCACGUGGUCGACAACGUCGGCCUGAUCACACAUCACCUCAACGACAUCCAGCACAUCAUUGCGUCGGAGCUGUGGGAGAAGCACCCGAUGGACUUCACCGAGCUCACUGAGCUGGCCAUGAAGGAGAACAAACAUUCUUCAAAGGACUCGUUUGGCAGCGGUGGCGUCGGCAUCAUCCUCAAGUCCAUCGUGGACAGCGUUGAGAACGGCUUCAAGAAGAGCCUGCCCUCCGACCUCGAGGAACAGCUGCAGUGUCUUGACAAGCCCGUUCACAAGUUUAUCGACGAACUGGUCGUCACGCCCAAGGACGGGUUGGCGGCCAUCCUCAGCAAGCGUCGCGAUCAACUCGAGACCACAGUAUACUAUCUCUGGCUGUCGAUAUCCAAGGCCGACCCAUCGACCAUGUCACGUGUGGAGCGAUUGGACAUCACACCAGAGGAGGCUGACACUGUGAUCAAGCUGGCACGCGCAAUUGGCCCAUUCAUCAGCAACUUGAACCCACAGAACAUUGCCAAAGUACCAAUUACCCUGCAGACGAGCAUCGUCUCACUCCUCGACCUCUGCUCCAAGAUCUCUGCCAACAUCAUCCUGCAGCGCAAGAACAAUGGCACUGACGCCACCUCAUCAGACACACGCAAUACCACCCUCCAAGAGUCGUCCUACCUCGUCUCCCUUCAUCUCUAUCUCAUUGGAUUGUAUCCAGUCCAAUCCAAGUUGUCCAAACAACUCUCCAACUCAUUGCUUCACUUUGGCCAGCACAAUCAGAUUGAUAACUUCAUGCCAAUGCUCGUGCAGUUGUUGUCCAACGAACAUUUGAAGGAGCAACAAUUCCAGGUUCUACACAUCAUCAAUCUGUUGAUCAACUCUGGCACGCGACAGAUGUUGCCAGCUGUUCUGUCCAGCCUCAUUGAGACAUGUGUCAGUGUCGUGUACAGCUGUGUCUCGCACUCUGAGCCACACACCCAGCACCCUCUGCUCAACAACGCGCUAAUGCUACUGGCCAAGCUGGCAGACCGUGUCAACCCUCAACAAUCUGGCGGCGAGGCCAUGCAAACGAUCAUGACCAUCUUCUUGGCAUUCGAGGGACCAUUCGUGUACUCUGUGCCACGCUCACUAAAGUCAUACCAAGCCGAGCAAUCAUACGACACGCUCCCGAUGGAGGUGGUCGACUUCCAGAUCGUGGCCGCGUCGCAGUCCCAGACCUCCCACCCAACGCGCCACAUCAAGAUGGACAGCGAGUUGUUCACCAACCUAUGUCGUCUGCUGUACAGCGUCCAGAGGUCAAAGGGCAAGCACUUUGUCAAGCUGAUAUCACCAUUCAUCAACUGUCUCCGAUACCUGUUGUUUGGAUUGGCCAACGAUGAUUAUGGACUGGAUGAUCGAUGUGCCAGGAGUCUGUCCAGACUCUUGGAGGACUUUAGCAAGUUCAAAGAUGCCAAGAACUAUCUACAUCAUAUCAUCUUGGAUUAUAUCAACAUACUUACAUAUCAACCCUCUGCUGCUACUGCCUCAGUAGCGUCAUCCACAAGUACAUCAUCAACCUCAUCAAUCUCAUCAACAACAACAUCCACUUCCAACAACAAACAUCCAGAACACCAACAACAAAGACACAAACUCAAACAGGUUCAAUAUUACUUGACAAUCGAUAUCCGUCGGUCAUUACAACCUGGACUGAUUGCAGUCUUUGGAUCCAUUGACAACACAAUGCGUGAGAGCUUAUUCAAAUCACUUGGCGAUGAGUCCAAGGGUCAUUUCAAGACAUUGUACGAGCAGCAUCAAAGCGAACGAUACACUGGAAAGUAA